CGCAGAGUCUUCUCACUCACUCUCUCUUUCGCUUUGACGCGCGUGCCGAUCACACACACACACACACACACACACUCACAUACACACACACGCACGCACACAGUCACACGCGCCCACACACUGGUGGUGUAUUAAACAAUAAACAAUUAUCGAGCAAUUAGGCUCGUGCAAGUGCGCGUAUUAUGCUUGAUGACUGAUCCGAAGUGAUGCGUCAUUGUUUAGCGGGUGUUCUGUUGUGAGGAUACACGUACUGUAACGUCGUGGUGCCUUCGUCUGCGUGCAGUUAAGACGGCCGAGCGAGAGCCUCCUUGGUUCGUUUGUUUUUCUCACCCACGUUCCUCGACCAUCGGCCGCCGAUACCGAGAGGGAUACCGCUGCAGCGCUGCCGAGACGAAAGUCUCAAUCACGGCAUCACGAUUGAGCUGGAUUUGCACCAACGAGCCGCCGGCCACUUCAUGAGAGCCGGCGGCAACAUGUGCGACGGCUCGUUCCAGGAGACGUUGCGCGGCAUGCAGGGCAUGUCGGGUGCCUCGCCGCCGGGAGGAGCAGCCGUCGGCCCGAUGGUCGGUUCGGUGGCGGGCCUCGGCGCAAGCUUAGGCAACGCCGUCGCCGCGGCCGCGGCGGCCGGCAAGCGCAGCCAAGUCGAUCACAUCAAGAGGCCCAUGAACGCCUUUAUGGUUUGGUCGCGCUCGCAGCGCAAGAAAAUCGCCCACGAGAAUCCCAAGAUGCACAACUCCGAGAUCAGCAAGAGGCUCGGCGCGGAAUGGAAAUUGUUAACGGAGGACGAGAAGCUGCCUUUCAUCGACGAAGCCAAGAGGUUAAGGGCCAUGCACAUGAAAGAGCAUCCGGACUACAAAUACAGGCCACGAAGAAAGCCAAAGACACACAGAAAAGACAACUAUCCGUACAGUAUUCCCUACCCAAGUGUACCUAUGGAUGCUUUAAGAGCAAGCAUGCCAGGUGGAAUCGGCCAGACAGCAAUGAGCUCGUAUUACGGCUCGGCAGCGGCCUACGGAUCAUUCUCAAGCGUGGCCGCGGCAGUAGCAGCCCAGCAAUCGGCAGCAAUGUCCGCUGGACUCACCGCGCCUGCACAGUUGAGUUCGAUGGACGCGAUGAAGUACACAAUGGAAGCAGACAAAUACAGAGCGGCGUACAUGCCGCCGUCGACGUUAGCGAUGUCGAUGUACUCGGAUCCCAAGUAUCUGGACUCGACAUCGAAGUCGUACCUGGAUCGCAGCUACCUGGACUCCGCAACGAAAGCUUACUUCGAGCAAUCGAAACUCUACAUGGACCAGCAAAAAUCGUCCUCCCUGCCAGACUACAGCCGUCACUCGAAUUACGAGCCGAACAAACUGUACGAGGAAUCGAGUCCGGGCAACGCGGGCAGCGGCUCGUUAAGCCGAUCGCCCGCCGCCGACUCGCCCGACGGCUUGGCGGCGGCCAAGAGUCAAAACAACAGCGGCUCGUCGUCGUCAGGUAACAACGACAACAACAACGCCGGCUCGUCGUCGGCCAGCUCGUCGUCGGCGUCGACCUCGAGCCCCGGCGCGGCGAGUCUGUCCAGCUACUACCCGGGCGCAGCUCAAGCAAGCCUGCUCGCACCCCAGAUGAGUCAGUACACCGGCUAUCAAACGGCACCCGGCGCGCCGGGCAACGAGUUCCGUAGGCCGCUCACGGUCAUCUUCUGACCCGAUCGGGCCUAGCUCUGAGCCAUGUUGCGACAAGAGCCCCAACUCAAGUACUAAAUUAUUGCAGUCCGCGUUCGUUCCUUUCUUUCAACAAUGUCCCGCCCAAGGAUUGCUUCACUUUGCUCGACUGUUGUCCAAAUGCCUUUGUUUUUUUGAGCAAAGUUCAAUCGCACGGCUUGACUGUGUUUCCUUCUUCAUGCUAUAAGUUUCAUAGUUGAUGUGCCAUUCGGAGGCCUCCAAAUUUCAUGGAUAUUACGCAAGAUUUUAUGUUUGAAACCUACCAUUCGGAUCCAAGACAUUUUCAGCGUGUUAAGUUUAUCAGAUUAUAAAGAAAAAACCUGUAAAUUUGUAAGAGCAACCUAUUUGUAAGCGCACUGUCAUAACCAAAUUUCUUUUAUCGUCUAUUUAUUUAGGACCUCGUGUCAUUUCUCCUUUUGCUUUGUGUUUUUUCAACAAAAAUGUAUCGUUUUUAAUUAGAAGGAAGUCACCGCGAAAAUUGGACUUCCUUUACGGUAUUGUGUUCCUAACGAUUCGACCGACGAGUCAUUUCGAUUAUUUCGCUUAAAACCCGAACGAAUCUCGGCCUUUCCAGUAUAAUUUUUCUUUUUCUUUUAGUUUUUAGCUGUUAUUUAAGUCUUCAUUUCUUCUUGUUUUUACCCCUUUUUCGGCUGUAUUAAUUAUACCUUCUUUAUCCUAUCUCUUUUACCAUUUCCAUUUCUAUCUCUGAGAUCGAGCUUCAUCAAUAAAAACGUCUCGACGGUCCCAAUAGUUUAUUAUUAAAAAAAUUUUAAAAAAGAGAGAAAAAAACAUACAAGUUGUAAAUAACUCAAAAUAUUUGUAAAUAGAAUUAGCUAAGCUAAGAAUCUGUCCGUGAAGAAAAAACGAAAACUGGAUCUAGUUAAUCUUACGUUCGUAGACGUAGACUUCGAGUUCGAUUACAUAAAAUAAAUAUUGUUAAGUUUUUUCCGUUUCGUCUGAAUUCGAAACGAAAAGGCAUGUUGUGGACCACGUUAUAAUUGCCGUUACUAUCCUUCGUUGCGUUUCGUUGGUAUUAUUGGAUUGCCGUUAUUAUUUACAAAGCGCAUCCAUUAUGAGUUUUUGUAUCGGAAAGCUAACGAGAAGAAUAUUGUACAUUGAGGGAGAAAAAGGUCGGUGUUACUGUGUAAACAUUCUAGCGAAUCAACGAAUCAAGCGAGGAAACAUUUUCCUCCGCAGCGUCCUACGAUUUAGCUCAAAGUAAAUUUUCUUGUAUAUAGAUGAAGCCAUCUCGAGGUGUCGUUCGCGCUUUCAUUGCCAUCGCUGAUAGAUUUUCAAUGUUCUAAUUGCCAAGAGACUCGCAAUCCCUCCAUGUUCUUUCGCUCUCGAAUGCGGGAAAAUGCGCUCGAUCUCUCGAAAGUUUCGAUGGCAAUGAAAGAACCUUAGAUAAAGACAGGUAACAAGUUUACCUAAUUUAUUUACAAUCAUUGUCUGCACGAGAUAAAGAGGAAGAAGACUCGUUUAUUCUUUUCUUUCAUUCGCUCGAGUCUCUCGCGAUUCCCUUUCGAGGCGGCGACGCAGAAGAAGCAAAAAAUAACAACAGAGCAAGGAGAAGAGGAGCGCGCUCUCUUUUUCAUUUUGAAAUCUCGAAACUAAGAAAAAAAAAAGAGAACGAAACGAAACACUCGCGUAUAUAUACAUAUAUGCGUAGGGUAAGAGAGAGAGAAAUACGUCCAACUUCUUUUUUUUUUUUCGUCGUUGUCGUCCCCCCGCGUGACUCUGUCUCUUUCCGCCCCUUCGCGACUCUCCCCAUUAUUCACAACCUGGUGUAACCUUUGUAUAUCCAUUGUUAUGAUAAACAUUAAAUAGUUCUACCGGUUACUCGAUUAUCAUAGUCCGAGCGAAACAAAUAAUCUAUAAAUAUUGUACCGUAAGUGGAGAUUAAAAUAAAAACUUAAGCAUUAU